AUGAAUACUGGACAGAUUUCAAACCCUUCUAUUUACAUAAAACCAUCUAAGAAAUUGUUUGAUUACAUUAGCACAGUGAAGGUUUCCUCUGAUAUUCCAGUAGGUAUAGCAAAUGUCAUUUACAAAAACAAAAAGAACGCUACAAAUAGCAAGCCAGCAGAACCACAGUACUUAAUAACAGAUGAAGAUCGUCAAUUUUUAAACACGUUGAAACUUAAUUCUAAAGUUGACAUAACAAAGUUGCCUUUAUACAAUGAAGCAAUAAUUUUAGAUAGUGACAAGCUUUUGAAUUUGCAAGAUUUGCAUUGGCUGUAUAGCUACAUGCAAAAAGACAAUGAAGACAAAUCAGAGAAGGUGUAUCUUCACAAUAUUCUAGAAGGGUCAGAAAUUGUGUUACCAAAGAAUAGUGAAAUACCUAGAAACGCAGAAUUAGAAAAGCGUUGUGAACGUUUGAGAGCUUCACAGCAGAACAGAGAAUACAACAGUAUGACGAAAAACGUAGACAAUGUUCGUAGGAAGCAUCCUGAAGAUACAAUUUCAUUCCAGAUGAAACAGAUAAACCGCCAACUAAUUGCCAUCAGUCAGUUCAUCAUGUCAGUACUUGCUGGUUUUGCUUUUGGGUUCAUUGGCGUGGAAUUGCUCAUAGGAAGUCUGGACUUUGGUUUCAGACUUCUUUUAGGCAUCAUUUGUGCUCUAACUAUAGCUCUUGCAGAAUUAUAUUUCUUAGCUAAGAAACUUAAUGAAGAUUUGAAGUUUGAAACGGCAUAUGAGGUGAAGAAGAAAGGUACAAAACUGGACUAAGAAACAAUAUUGUGAUACAUGUAACUGUUUUAUUUAAAAUUGUAUCUAUAUUCAUCUUGAUAUCUAUAAAUAGUUAGGGGUAUUGAAAUACUUUUGUCCAAUAAAGUGAGUUGUAAUUCAUGCAUUAA